GCGAGAGAGAGACACACUUUGGGGCAGCUGCGCGAGAGAGCGCUGCAGUCACAGUUACGUCACGGAGGACACGUAACGGCACUGCUUGAGUCGGACCGGAGGAGACAGACAGACCGGGUUGGCGGAGCAGAGACAGCAGGGCCACUCUCACCCGACACCGACACUUCCUGCUCAGAGAAGACCGCUUCUUCAGGGCCAAUGGACUGCGUUAGAAAUGCACCGGGGGAAGAUUGCCGAUGCGUCAUUAUUGAAUGUGCCAAUGAGCUGCAGCAAGCAGCCUGAAACUAUUGAUUUCUGCACAGUGUUGACACAGAAGACCAAAUAUAGAAAUGGUGUUCAGAGGCACAAUAGUAGAUGCACCGGACUUUGAUCCCAGCGCUGAUGCUGAGACCCUUUACAGUGCUAUGAAAGGCAUCGGUAGUGACAAAGAGGCCAUCCUGGACCUGGUUACUUCCAGAAGCAAUUCACAGAGGCAGGAAAUUAUUGAAGCAUACAAGUGUAACUUUGGAAAGGACCUGAUUGAGGAUCUGAAGUAUGAGCUGACAGGCAAAUUUGAGCGUCUCAUCGUCAGUCUGAUGAGAACUCCGGCCUACCAUGAUGCCAAAGAAAUCCAUGAUGCAGUCAAAGGAACUGGAACCAAUGAGAAGUGCCUGAUUGAAAUCCUGGCGUCUAGAAACAACCAACAGAUACAUGAGAUGACUGCAGCAUACAAGAAUGCCUAUGGCAGAGACAUGGAGGAGGACAUAAUCAUGGACACUUCAGGUCACUUUAAAAAGAUGCUGGUUGUUUUACUUCAGGGGACCAGAGAUAACUCAGGAGUGGUGGAUGCGGACUUGGUGGAGCAGGAUGCACAAGACCUGUAUGCAGCAGGCGAGGAGCAGUGGGGGACCGAUGAGGCCAAAUUCAUUAUGAUCCUGGGAAACCGCAGUGUGACCCACCUCCGCAUGGUUUUUGAUGCUUACGAGAAGAUUGCAGAGUUGUCCAUCGAGGACAGCAUAAAGAAUGAGCUGUCUGGAGACUUUGAGAGGCUGAUGCUGGCCGUUGUCCAGUGCAUAAGGAGCGUCCCCAUGUUCUUUGCCAAGCACCUUUACAAGUCAAUGAAGGGUCUCGGUACAGCUGACAACACCCUGAUAAGGAUCAUGAUUUCUCGCUCUGAAAUAGACAUGUUGGACAUUCGAGAGUUUUUCCGCCUCAGAUACGAGAAGUCGCUUUAUAACAUGAUAAAGGAUGAUACAUCAGGUGAUUACAAGAGGACUCUGCUCAAUCUGUGUGGAGGAGAUGAUGACUUAGCUGGAGAGUUCUUCCCUGAAGCUGCUCAGAUAGCCUACAAGAUGUGGGAAUUAAGUGCCAUGACCAAAGUCCAGCUAAGGCCAACAGUCCGCCCCGUAGCCAAUUUUGACCCUGCUGCUGAUGCACAAGCCCUGAGGAAAGCUAUGAAGGGAUUCGGAACAGAUGAAGAUGCAAUCAUUGACAUUGUUGCACAGAGAAGCAAUGCCCAGAGGCAGGAGAUCAGACAGGUGUUCAAAUCCCUGAUGGGAAGGGAUCUGAUGAAGGACCUGAAGUCUGAACUGUCAAAGAACUUAGAGAGGCUGAUCAUCGGGCUCAUGUUGACCCCUGCAGAGUUUGAUGCCAAAAUGAUGAGGAAGGCAAUCGAGGGGGCUGGGACAGAUGAACAUGCUCUGAUCGAGAUCCUGGUCACCAGGAGCAACAAGGAAAUACAUGCCAUGGGUGCUGCCUAUAAGGAUGCCUAUAAGACGUCUCUGGAGGAAGCCAUUCAGUCAGACACAUCAGGCCACUUCUGCCGCAUCCUUGUUUCUCUUGUACAGGGUGCAAGAGAGGAGGACCCUGCGGAUGUGGAAAGAGCAAAUGCAGAUGCGCAGGAACUUGCCACUGCAUGCAAUGCAGAAUCUGAUGACAUGGAGAUGAAGUUCAUGAGUAUUCUGUGCACCCGGAGCCACCCCCAUCUCAGGAGAGUAUUCCAGGAGUUUGUCAAAUACACCAAUAAGGACAUUGAACAAAUUAUCAAAAAGGAAAUGUCGGGAGAUGUGAAAAAUGCCUUUUACGCAAUAGUUCGCAGUGUAAAGAACCAGCCCUCUUAUUUUGCAGACCGUUUGUACAAAGCCAUGAAGGGCCUUGGCACGGACGACAGGGCGCUGAUUCGCAUCAUGGUGUCCCGUAGCGAGAUCGACCUUUUCAACAUACGUAAAGAGUUCAAGGAAACAUACGAUGUCUCCCUUCAUGAAUUCAUCCAGGUAGAAACUAUGAUUGGUGAUACCUCAGGAGACUACCGUAAAACCCUGCUGGUGCUCUGUGGAGGGGAAGAUUAACCUUGCCAUGUCCCUGCAGCUUUGCUCACAGACUUCAGAGACGAAAAGUGAUCACAAAGUGAAACUGUGGUGGUUAACGUCAGCAUUUAUAGUCAGUGUUCCCAACUGCUGCCACUUCUCAGCCGAAACCAAGUGACCUAUGACCUCCCAAACUUCCAAGCCAGUACUCUGCUCUCGUGUCUGAUCGUCCUGCCCGUCUGGAUGAUGUCUUUCUUUUUUUUUUACAGAGUCAUAUGUAACAUUAAGAUGUCCACAUUAGCAUAGAAAGGAGCUUCACCUGUACACCAUAUUUGAGUCUAGUAAGUGCUCAAGCAGUGCCUUUAGAUUGUUGGCUGUCCAAUGAUUACUGUGAUUUUAAGGUAUUAGAUAUUCCUGAAUGAAAUAAAUUAAAUUAAAAAGUGUUGUCUUCUUUCUUCCUUCUUACACUUUUAAUGUAAAAAAAACAAAUCAGUCUCGUUAGGCCUUUCAACCACUCUGCUCCUUUACAUUCAAACACACUGUAGAGGUAUAGAAUGACUUCCUCAGCUCCCUGACGACCGACCAUCACUGAACAAAUGUCUACACUUCUACGCAUUUAAAUGAGCAAAGAUAAAAUAUGUCAUUUACACUUUGCUGUAUUAACAUUACACUUCAUUUCACGUCUCAGUUGGAUUUGUAUACUUCUUACUGCAGAAAAAAAAAAGUACAAGACAGCUGUCUGUUCUUGUCAGUGUCUCAGUUCAGUGCAUAUGUGUGAGUGCAGCUGUUGUCAGGCCAUCUUUGAGUUAAAAGAGGAAAGAAGAAAAAAGUUGUAUGUGGCGAGGAAAUCCCCUGCAGUACGCCAAAAUCCAAGGCAACAAAUAGAGUCUGCAGCAGUCAGUCACACUCCAGUUUUAAUGGCACACCCAACCUGAAAUUGGCCCAUUUGCUGAUAAUUAUAAAAGAUUAAGAGAUUACUUCAAUAGCACAUUGUUAAUACGCAGUUGCUGUCAAAAUGUACACUUUGAAAUUCCCUUUUGAUAGCUGGGGGAACUUUGUUCUGUGGUGUCGUUCAGAACAGCUUGCAGAGCAUUUACCAAAUAGACUGUAGUUUAAAUAUGUCAAAGCUGUUGCGUCCUCAGAGAGAGUCAUGGGUGUUGCUCUAGCCUUUGACUUUUUCAUGUACAGUCUCCAUGAUUAUGGUGGCAUCAUGAUGUGAUCAUGCAAACAAGCCAUGUACUGUACUGCGUGAACUUCACAGCAUUUACAAGUUGGUAUAUAUAAGAGGUCCUUUUCAAAUUUUUCUUGAAUGCUGCUCUUGGCAAGUCGU